AUGACCAAUGUGCUCUCUGAUAAUAAUAGGUUGUUUCCAAACAAGCAUGUCCAGACUGACCAAGUGGAUGACUCACAAAUUGGAACUAACAAAGCUGCCAACGGAGGCAUCAUCUACAAAGAAUAUCUGCAGCUGGAUAAAAUCGUGACAGCACAAGUACUUCAGAGUGAACGAAAGGGGCAGAAGAUCCAUGAUGAGCAUCUCUUCAUUGUCACCCACCAAGCUUAUGAACUCUGGUUUAAGCAGAUACUCUGGGAACUAGAUUCAGUGAGAAAUAUUUUCCUCAAAGAUCAUGUACGAGAUGAGCGGAAUAUGCUGAAAGUUGUAAGUCGAUUGCAGAGAAUUACAAUGAUCUUCAGACUUCUGGUUGACCAGUUUGCUGUCCUGGAAACCAUGACUGCCUUGGAUUUUUACGAUUUCCGGGAAUAUUUGACUCCAGCCUCUGGAUUCCAGAGUCUUCAGUUCAGGCUGCUGGAGAACAAGCUCGGGGUUUCAGACAACCAGAGGGUCCCUUACAAUCGUCGCCACUACAGAGAGCACUUCCACGGACAGGACGUUGAAGAAUUGCUGAGAUCUGAGCAGGAACUAAGUCUUCUGCGGCUAGUUGAGAAAUGGCUGGAGAGAACUCCUGGACUUGAAAAAGAUGGAUUCAACUUUUGGGGGAAACUACAAAUAAACGUCGAAGAGGGUUUCAACCAUGAACUGAAGAAACUUGAGCAACAACCAGAGUCAGAGAAAAAGGUGGAAAUGAUAGAAGAACUCGUCAAACAGAGGGAGGUCUUUACUUCUUUGUUUGACGAAAAGAAUCACGAGCGACUUUUGUGCGUAGGUGAGAGGCGACUGUCUUACAAAGCCCUCCAAGGAGCUCUGAUGAUCUACCACUACAGAGAGGAGCCUCGUUUCCAGGUUCCCUUCCAGGUCCUCACCUCCUUGAUGGACAUCGACGCCCUCAUGUCAAAGUGGAGAUACAACCAUGUGUGCAUGGCCCAGCGCAUGAUUGGUAAUAAGGCUGGCACUGGGGGGUCAUCUGGCUACCACUACCUGCGGUCUACAGUCAGUGAUCGCUACAUGGUCUUUGUGGAUUUCUUCAGUCUCGUCACGUUCCUGGUGCCUCGGACCUGGGUGCCCAAGCUGGACCCCGGUAUCCACAAGAUCCUCUUCACUGCGGAAUGUUACGAUAGCUCCUACUGUAGCAGCGAGGACUCUGAUUAGGACAGCUGGAGCGGGUCUGGCUGGCAGGGCUCUGAUUAUUUCUGUCAGGUUCUAGAAUGCUGCAUAAUGCAGCUGAGAGUAGUGACCGCGUGGCCAAAGAGGGAAAAACACAAGUGUCAGAUGGCAGGGAGAACCCAUUAGUGGAGAUCUGUUAGCUCAGGGUGGACUUCUAAAGCUUGAUCACGAGACACGUGCCUGAUGCUCAGGGUUAAACUGACACGACCAGAGAAGCUCGAAUCAGCCAAAAUAGCCGUGGACCUACCCAAGAAAUGGUCAAAGUCCACAUGUGAUAGCUCCCCAACCGUUGUUAGUUGUGUGACUUAUAACUUAAUGCAUCUUGUUAGUGAUACAACCAAGAUACCUAAAGACCAGCCCUGAAAAAAUGUGUAAAAUAGAUAUAGUAUAUUCCUUUGUACAGUAGUAUCUAUACCUUCUUUAUGAUAUAUAUCAAUAUUUAACAUACUGAAAAUAUUUAAUAGCAUGUUUUUAAAUAUGUAGAUGCAGUGAUUAAUGUUUGUUUCCACUAUACUUACAGAUCUGGCUUUGCAUGUAUUAAAUAACAUGGGGUUUAACUGUUUAAAGGGUUGAUUCUUAGCCAGAUUUUC